AAAGGGUACAUGCAUGUUGUUUGCAUGUUAGGGAACAACAUGAUGUUUUUGCUGGCAAUCAGAUCAACACAUUGGUCAUGAAUCGACGAAGGAACUCGCGCGCGCCCCGAGAACAAACCGUGCACGCGCACAGUCGGCGCAUUUGAUACCGCGUGGUCAGCUCAUCAUCUGAGACACAGAAGGUCAGCGACUAGUCAGGAUCAUCAUUAGUGUUUGUGUUCUGAAUCGCAACGCAGAAUUGGAGACUAACCAGGUGAAAAUUCCUACUCACGGCCGCGCACUCAUCCGCAUCAUCAUUAACACCACAUCACCAUUAUUAAGGUAACUGAUCCAGAUCAAGAAGAAACAGGAGAGCAACCAUGUCAUUGUAUCCGUCUUUAGAAGACCUGAAGGUGGAUAAAUUUAUUCAGGCAAGGAACACUCCUACAUCCAGUCCAUUUAAAGCCCAACCGCUGGCACUCCCGGACCCCACCUCCUAUCAAUCUAGCCCAUCACACACUGGGGCAAAGGUGGAGGAAAUUGGAGCAGAUGCCUCUGGAAGUUUAUACCCUCAGCUGAGUGAGUUUAUGGGCCUGAAUCUUAAUAUUGAGGCAAUAAAAGCAUUUUCUACAGUCCCUGAGCAAAGUAGUGGAGUAAGUCUCUAUAUGUUACUAUAUGCUCUCAGUGUUUAUUCGUCUGGAACAAACUGGGCAGUUGCUCCGAUAACUGGCAACGAUAUGGGAGUGAAGAGGGCUGAGAUUCGGCAGGGCGUUAGAGAGGUGGUGCUCUGUAAAGACAUGGACGGCAAGAUCGGCCUUCGCCUCAAGGCCGUAGACAAUGGGUUGUUCGUACAGCUGGUACAAGUGAACACUGCAGCCGCAUUAGCAGGACUCCGCUUUGGUGAUCAGAUUCUGCAGAUCAAUGGAGAGUCCUGUGCUGGCUGGAGCAGUGACCGUGCACACAAGGUUCUGAAGAACGCCAGUCCUGAGAGAAUAACGCUAGCUGUACGAGACAGGCCACUGGAGCGCGCUGUCACUCUGCAUAAGGACAUGAGUGGGCAGCUUGGGUUUAUCUUUAAGAAGGGCAGAAUCACAUCCAUAGUGAAGGACAGCUCUGCAGCUCGUAAUGGACUGCUCACUGAUCACCAGAUCUGUGAAAUCAAUGGUCAGAAUGUGAUUGGACUGAAGGACUCUCAAGUGUCAGACAUCCUCAACACUAGUGGGAAUGUUGUGACUGUGACUGUGAUGCCAGUGAUGAUCUUUGAACACAUGAUGAAAAGGAUGUGCAACAGCAUAGUGAAAUCUCUAAUGGACCACUCUAUUCCUGAGGUGUGAUAUAGACUGACCCAAACCUGAACCACAAUGGGCUUGUUUCGCGUGCACAACAACAACGAGAAUAUGGCGUACACAUGCACACUGUGCUUUUGAUCAGUUUAAUACAAAAAUUGGAACCGUGAGAGCCAUUUCUCUCUUUUUUUCUCAGUAUUUCUCUCUUUUGUCAUUAAUGAAAAAACGCUAUUAUGUUAUUUUAUUAUUUAAUGCAGAAUCAUUUUCAAAACUAAAUAGUUUCACUGAUGUAAAGUAAAAACGUAUGUGUUAUGCAAAUAUUUACACAAUUACUUACUUGUAUUAAAAUUUUCUUUAGUAAGUAAAAAAGUUCAUCGGAUUAAAUUUUUCUUGUACAUACUCUGAUUUGCAUUGCUAAUUUCAUGCUUAUUUAUUCAUUUUAUGGCUCUCUGCCUAAGAGCACAUAUCUACCCAAUAUUACAAUACCAUUAGAAAUGUGUUUCCUUGAUUUAUUUUUUCACUCGUAUUUGUUUGUCAAGUAAUUGCAUUGGUCUCAUCAUAAAAUCUGAUGAACAAACUAAGCCACAAUUUACAAGAAACUGUAAAACUAUGCAUAGUUGCUGCAACAUACAUAAAAAAUAAUUAUUGUAAGAAAUAAAAAAUAUCUUAUAAGAUUUCAAGUACAGGUAAAAUUAAUAAUAUAUAAGUCUUUGAAUUAGAAUUUAUUUUAUGGGGCUUUAUAAAUUCAUUAUGUAGCUGCUAUAAACCUUUUACUCACACCCAUCAAUACUGUGUUGAUAUUAGUUGGAAUAAAAUAUGCUGGAUAUGAGAACUUGGUUUUUACAAAUUCAAAGGAGUAACAUAUUUUCUGUUCAUGGUAGGUAUAUAUUUGUUAAUGUUUUUUUGGUUCAUGUGAACAUAAUUAUUUUGAUUUAGUAUUGUAUAAAUAGAUUUAAGACUACUAAAUCAUUUUAAGAAAGCAAAAAAAAACUAUUGAUUUAGCAUGUCCAGGAUGCCCAUAUUGUCUAAUGAUGGUGUGUUUUGAUAUUUCCACUAAAAUAAAAAUGUAAUAGAAAAAUAAA